CAUAGGGAACAACUAAGGGUGUCACAUUUUUCAUUUACUAAAAUAUUGCGAGCGGGGUGGAUGUUACAAUUGAGGAUUCGUUAGGGUUGAGAAUUAGAGUAUUUGUAUCCAAAGUUAGAUGCAAACUUGCACCUUUCACUGCAUAUCAAAUGUCACAGUGCACCAAGCUGUGGGAAACAUUCUGUACUGCUUACACCCUGCGCACUGUUCUCCCAGGGACAAGCAAAACUGGUGCCUCAUCGUUGUUUACCAUCGUGGACAAGGUGCGCUUGUGCAAGAUGUGCAGCUAUGCCACCAAGAGCUCCUACAACAUGGUGGCACACCUGCGGACGCACACAGGCGAGAAACCAUACCAGUGUCCACACUGCCCACGUGCCUUUGCACACCCAAGCAACCUUCGCAGCCACGUAUUCACUCAUCGGUACCAAGAGUUGUUCAAAUGCCUCACUUGUAGCUCUAUGUUUAAAACACAGAAUGAACUGCUGCAACAUACAUUUGAGUUGUUCAUAAAGUUUGAACUGGCAGCCGGCAACAUUGCAAGAGAGUGGGCUUCACCAAGCAAACCUAGAUAUGUAGCAAUUCAGCUUGAUUGCCAGGUGCAGCAUUCUUGUUCCAUCUAUUGUGCAAUAUCUCGUUUGCAUUGCCCUUUUUGUGCUUUCCGUGACUUCGCAGGCUCCUUUCCAUCAUGGUCUCAGCAGUUGUCCCGGUCGCUUGUGUCUGUGCGUGGCCGUGUGCGAUCCUGCCGGCUGUGUGCCUAUGUGACCACUGCCAGCUCGAGUAUGACCACGCACCUGCGUACCCACACGGGCGAGCGCCCCUUUCGGUGCCACCUGUGCCCGAGCGCAUUUGCCCAGAGCGCCAACCUCAAGCGGCAUGUGCGUACCCACACAGGCGAGCGCCCCUUCCCCUGCGUGCACUGCGAUGCAUCCUUUUCGCAGAAGUCGGACCUCUUCAGUCACAUGCGCCUGCACACAGGAGAGAAGCCAUACAGGUGUAGCCGGUGCUUUCGACUGUUCCGAACCCAAUCCCAACGUGCCAGCCACUUCAAAGAGUGCAAGGGUGUGCCCACCAGGGCUCCACAACUGCAUGCACAGCUUCAGCGAAGUCGACAGCCAGGGCCACAGCCAAAGCCACAGCUGCAACAGCUAGCAGGGCAAGCCCUUCCUGAUGACCUGCUACCGCAGGCGUGCUCACCACAAUCUGCGGACCAGGACUCUCCACAGUUAGAGCCAGAGUCGCCACCACAGUCCCUCCUUUCGCUGUUGCCAACAUUGUAGCAGCUGCAUUGUCCAUUAUGGAGUGCUUAUAUCAGCAGGCCUAGGCAGGGCGCAUUACCCCUGCAUUGUUUUCGGUGAUGUAGUAUACACAGACAAUUAGCAUUUCUGUUGCUUUUUUCACUUUUUUCCUUUUUCACGCUACCAUUCCGGUGAGUUGGCCUGUGCAAAGCAUUAGCUCCGAGUGCCCAAAUGGAACAGAGCUGAGACACAGAAAGAAAGUUAUUCGAAUUGUGCUUAUAUAUUGUUUUAUGCCAAAUAGCUGACAAAUGGCAUUCUUUAACUUUACGGUGUUUAUGGUGCUGCCUUAGCAUAUGGUGCAGGCUGUCAUGUCAAGAGUGACAAGAUGCUGUUUGCAAGACGUUUCUUCUUAGGAUGUGUUAGUCUGCUUUGAGGAAAUAGGCGCGAAAGACACUGUAGGAAGAAAAUGUGGAAAGUGAACUAGUUUAAUGCUUUGUUAAGUCACUACAUAUUUGCCGUGGAAAUCGCUUGGAAUUCAGCACCCUCAUUGUACUAUUUAGAUGUUUAAGGGGAGAUGCUACUUGGAGAAGAAAAAUCUUUAUUAAAGAAUGGUCCGCCA